AGAUCCUUGAGUCCGAAGAAAUCUCAGGCUCAGCUGUAUUGCAGACAUCGGAGACAGUCCACAGUAGAUUGCCUCCAAUAUCUUCAUCUUCCGAGGAGAAUUUUCUUUAUUCACGUCCAUAUUGAGUUCCCUAUGUAAUUAUACGGUUGAAUGUUCAUCUUUUUCUCCACCUUACAUUCCAGGAACGUACGAUUCGUUGGAUUUGUACAUGUAGCGAAGUUGUCACACCGUACGUAGAAGCAAAUAGAAAGUGAAAGAAAUCGUUCAGCAGGACCGACGCGUGGAAACAGGAGCAGAGUUCUUUUUUGAUUUCAUGUCAGCAUUGUGUUUCUAUUUCCCUAUUUCCCAUCAGCCAAUCUAUUUCUAAGCAGCGCCCUUCCCAUUUGUCUUUGUUCCAUCUUUACAAUUCUAUAAUCUUAUUCGACGUGUAAGUUUGAAAAUGGCCGCGAUUCUGUCCCCCGAGGCGCAGAUUUAUAACGAGGUCAAGGAGGAGCUGACCCAAGCCAUUUCCGGAGUGGUUGAUGGCAAAGGCGGGUUUUGCUCGUUGGGAGUUGUUUGCGAGGAUGCAACGGUAAUAGAUGACAGUUGGAAGAAGUAGUAGAAUUAGAACAGGAUAAACGAAAAUUAGUAAGUAUUUGCACAGAUGAGUAAUUGUAAUUGGUAUUGAUUGGUCAUGGUCAUGGAUCGACUUGUAGAAAUUUUAGAGGAUAAAUUUCUCGUCUUGCAUGCGCGACUAAUAGGAAGUCCACGUUGGUCGUUGCUGCACACCACCACGUAGCUAGAAGAGCUGCUGGAAGGGCAAAUUAUCUUGCAGGGGGACCACGUCCACGUUCUUGAAGAAAGGCAAAAAUGAAAGUAAAAUUGUCUGGACAAGACGCAAGCGAAAGACAGUAAAGGAACCUGCUCCAAUAGUACACGACUUCUACUGGGAAAAAUACUCAACAACUACAACAGAUCAAGCAGUGGCUCGCGAAGAUCCCCGCGGGUUUUGAGAAGAAGUUGACCACAAUCCUGAAGGAGUAUAAUUCGUACUUCAUGCUCUGCAAGGACGCGUGCGUCGCCACGGCUCUGGGGAUUUCGAACGGAUUUGUGGACGGCGACGGGAACAUUCUCAACAAAAAUGCGCUGGGCAAGAACAAAAACGCCAAGAGCAAGAAGCGACCAGCUGCGAAUAUGGCUUGUUUAGAUGUUGUUUCACAUUCUCAGCUGUGUUACAAGAAAAGCGAAGAUUUGUGAAGAUGAAGAUGCAAAAAGUGCGCGAUCAUCUGGCAUGAUACAACUCCCCAGACGACCUCAUAAGAAUCUGGUGAGAUUUGUAUUGCAAAAAGCGGAACAAGAACGCUCUGUGGGUCUGGGUCUCUCCUGAUUCUGGCUAUGCAAGACAAAACUCGGACUCUAUUGUAACGAAUGAGAUUGAAACACCUGAGUACUAGGUCAUAGCAAACACCGACGGUGGGUCUAACUCGCCCGCUGGAACCAACGCUGGCGCGCCGGUGGACGAUGGCUUCGCGCAGGAGCUCCAUGGGGGCGACAACUUGCCGUCCGCGAAUCUAUCAACUGUAAAAAUGUCUGGGUCUGGAAAUUUGUGAUGCUAAAAUGUGCAAGAGGAGGUCACUUGCUUAUGCAGGAAAGCAUGACAAGGGCAAGGCUGCAGCACGCUUUCUCAUACGAACUCCGCAAGAGAAACUGCGUUUUUGUAUGACAGAAGAGGCCACCACAGUGCUUGGUCAUGCAAUACAGAUUUCACAGGAAUGCAAGACCAGCAUUACAAGUUCCAACUUUCCAGACCCGGACAUUUUUACAUUUGAUAGAAUCCCUUCGCAAACGACGACGACUUUAACUUCGGAGGGUAUGCAUUGCAAAACUAUCGUACUCGUAGCUAGUAAUCGCAGUCACGUAUUACAAAUCCUUCCCGAUCCUCAGGUAAAUCAGCAUGACGAAUUCAAUUCGUCAUGCUGAGCGAACUACUUGUAUAUGCAAUUAAGUUCAUCUACUAGCGCGAUACUUUUGCAAUGCAUAUUUGGGAGUCCGCGAACAUCCCGGGACAGUAUGUGGAGGAGCGAAACGUGGAGCAGGAAGCCAUGAAGCCGGAGAGCCCACAGAUGAACUCGUCACCGGUAUGAUUUACAUUUGCAUUUCGAAAAGUUAAGACCAUCAUCAAGAGCUGGUGCUGAGCCCUCCGUUUCUAUUAUUUCCCGCGUUUUUUGGAACUGAUUCAGAUUCAUUCUUCUUCAUGUUGACGGGGCUAUCUAUCUUUAUCGGGCUUUUGUUUCUCCUGUCCUGCAUGCCCAGUAUAAUGCAUCGAAGAAACAAUAAUUCUAAAUGCACCUCCACUGACCACAGGAACAGAACCAGGACCUGUUUUCCUUGAUUUCGGACAAGCUCAUGGAUGUGGCGCUCAAGGAGGAUAGUCUGGUCUUCAUCAAAACCAUUGAGCAGAUCCGAAAAGCCAGGAAUGAAUUGCUGAGUAAGUUUUGAUUCGUACUCCACGACUUUUGGUUUUUAUUUUUUAUCGACACUCAGUUGACGAAUUUUAAUCCCCGGUUGUUAGUCCGACAUUCCAUGUUUGUGUCGAUCAUGAUGGUACACACUGAUCACAUGUUGGUAUGAACAACCACGAAUAUUGAACAAAAACAUCUACAUCACAAACAUCACCCAACGACACUAAAUAUCUACAGACAUUGACGACACCCCCCAUUGGAACAAGUUUUACAACACGGGCGCGAGCGGAAGGGACCGUGGCCGCAACAACGACCGGGACCGACCCGACCGGGGUGGGGACAGGAGAGAUGGUCGCGACAGACGGGCACAAAGUAUAGAUGCGAUAAUUUUCCGACUGGUUUUUAUUUUCACGUGGAAGUUCUUGUAGACGAUGUAGUGGACGUCGACGUGUUUCUCCAUAUGAAUUUGAUGUUUUGGUUUUGCGAAGAUGUUUGCGAAUUUUGUUUAUUGCAGGUACGAACCCAGUUUCCCAACGAACGAUCCGUAUGGACGACCGCAACGCUCCCCGCGGUGGCACUUACGCGAGCUUCAACAACGACAACAUGAUGAACAGGGGUGAGAACUCCCGGGGCGGGGACCGGGAGCCCGUGAAGCCGAUCCGACUGGACGCCUCGGACCCGGAGGAGGUCGAGGAGCGGCGGAUCUUGAUCGUGCGCGAGGUCGCGGUGCUGCUCCGCCGCUCUCCGGACCGCCAGCUGCCGCUCGAGGAAAUUUUGCAGAAGGUCACCGGGUUCAAGCACCUGAGCGCGGGGGUGUGCCGGUCCCCGUAUCCUGAGUAAAAACGUCCCCACACCAGAGUUGUCAUGCAGAUUUGCAAUGACAGGAACAUUUGUAAUGCGCAUCGCCAAGAGAGGCAUUUUUAGUCGUGUUUUGGAUCUUGUAAUGCUGUAAACAGGAUGAGCAGAUGGAUUUCUGAUGCAGCUGGCCUUGCGAACCUGCACUACACUACGGACUGCAACUUGUGAUGCGUGACCCCCAAAAGUUCUAGGCUUGUGUUGCAAAAUCCCCAUCUUGACUCUGGUGUGGGGAUGUUUUUACUCAGGAUACCCCGCAGGAGUUCUUUAACUACCGCACCGUGAAGCCGCUCAUGAGCCUGAACAAUAUCAAAUGCAAAUAUGUCUGGGUCUGGAUGAGUGCAGAUGUUUGUCAUGCUGCUCUUGCAUCAUGACCAAGGAGGUCUGUCAUGCAAACCGUAGCAUCACACGUCUUGAGAAGGUGUUCCAAUGCCUAAUCAGCAUGACAAAUCCCCCAUUUUGGUGCCAAUUUUUGGGCCGCAUUUGCUGUUCCUGCAUGACAGAUCUUCGUGUUGUCUGAAAUUUGCAUCACAAGUUGCAUUCUUCCAGACCCAGACAUAUUUGCAAGGCAUAAGCAACGGGACCGUGCAACUGGUCGUGGACAACCGUGUGGUGCAGGAGGUGGUGGACGGGGCGGCCAAGACCUUUAACAAGUAUAAGGAUCAGAUGCCGCACCUGUUCCCGCCGGGCACGGGCGGUGGCGGCGGCGGGGCCAGCCGGGGGAACCGCGGCGGCGCCAACCGGGGCCGGGACGGAAACAUGGGAGGACCGCGGGGCGGCGUCGGCUCUUUCGGAGGCCACACGCAGCGCAUCGGGCCGCCGGGCGGCAUGCGAGGUGGUGACAACAAUCGCCUAGGGGGGCGUGGGGGUGACGAAAAGCGACGAAGGGUCAUGUGAAUCUUCGCAAGGUCGUGAAGUAGAUGAAAACGUGUAAUUCUAUCGAGGAUUAUAGAAAUGGUUUGUAAAACUAAAAAGAACAGAUACAAAUAGGGUGUAAUACUUCUUGGAUAUCAUGGAUUUCACUAGCUGCUUGACCUACAGCAGGCGGAACAACGAACCGAAUCGAUCAGAACCUAUUUUUGCGAAUAAAGUAGAAUGAGCAACGAAUUACGGCACAACUUUUGUAGAUGAAUCUUACACGACGACGACCACAGGAGAAGUGUUUAUUUUUCUAAUACGUAUCGAAGAAACGAAGGCGAACUCAACUCCACAACGAUUUUUUACGAACUUCUAGGUGCAGGACCUGACAAGACAUUUUUAUGGUGGAACUCAACAAUGAUCCUUGUUGUGGCGACUCUCUCGUAGAAGUACCCUUUUCAUCAUUCUAUCCGCGUCUUCUCUCAUUCGGAACAUGAAGGAGAGCGCUUUUUUUCUCUCGCGUUCUUUACAACAACUUCUGAGCCACCGUCGACAUCGCUCAACAGUCAACACAACAAGAAUAAUUAUAGCAACGAACUUCUGUAAUUCUGAUUCCUUUGAUGCACCAAAUGUCUCGUCUGGUGGGAAGAUCGACGCCACCCAGUAGACACGUUUCUUCGGUAGAUGACACGUAGUACUAACUAGCAGUAUAGUUCACAGCGAGCGGUUUGAUGAUGCUAUACGUAUCAUCUUUGGAUGAUUGAUGUUCUUCUUGUUUGAGGAGAAGAAUUCGAAUACUUAUUGCAGUGGUCGCUACAGCUAGUUGUGCAACCCCAACUACAGUAGGGGAGGAAGCGGGAACAGAAGUACUACUUGAUACCAAAUGAAAAAAGCAAUUGGCGCCGAUGAA